AUGGCUGAGGUGUGCAGCUCCCCUGCAUUUGCCUCUGUAAUUGAUGGUUCCCUGCUCAAGACAUUGAGACAAACUGCCGACUUGACCCGCAAAUUCAAUGAAAAUCUGGACUGUUUGGCCGUUCGAGGUAUCAAUUCAAUGGUUGUAUUUGUGUUUCAGAACAAUGCAGAUGAUUGCAACUUGACUGAAGCUUUAGUAGACUGGCAGGAAGACGUUUCGAUCAAGAAUCUGGUUAACUGGCGGGACAAUCAAAACACUCACUCUUUUAACCGCGUCGUUGAACGAACAAUCAUUGAAGCAGAACAUACAACUCAUCAACAUUUUCAGCCGGAUGAUCAAAGCUAUCAAACAAACCAAGAUUAG